CUGGCUCGUCGACCUGGUCAACGCGUGUCGAGAGGACGAUGCUACGGUCAUUAUACUUUUAGAGUCCCUCGAACGACCGCCCGCUUUCUGGAUCCCGGCCUCAUAUCAUGCCACCACUUCUUCACCCGAAGUCGCGAAUGACGUCGUCGCUCUUCGCAACGACCGUCGCCGCCUGCUUUAUUGUCGUCACAAUCCCUCAUAUGCUUCCUUGUCCUGUGCCUCGAACUCGAUUCGCCGACGGAGAUAUCAUGGUUGACGAAAAUGGCCGACGAUUGAGGUGGAGGAGAAAGGACACCAAUCCCAAGGUCGAAGAUGGAAUCGUCCAAUUCAACGAUAUGUCAACCGAGGAGGCCGAAAACGCACAGGACAGGACGAAGAGGGAAUGUCCUUUACCGAAGCCGGGAGGUGUGCUAGGCGAAUGGCUGUUCUUUCAUAAGAACGAUAAUGAGGCGGGACGAUGACCGACAGAAAUUGUUGCAACAACUUCAUCCAGACUACAUCAAGGAAACUCAUACCUUAAUCACAUACCGGUGCCUGAAAGCUACGAAACCGGGCUGCAGUGGCGACCUCUUGCAAGCUCUCGUUUAGCUUGUGUAUCUAUUCAUCACGGACAUUGGCUUGUCACCAGUUACGACCUUACAAACGACGAAAUAUGGUUGGAAUAUUUCGAAGAGAAGGGCUGCGCAUGUCUCAGAAGACUGAAUUAUCUCUCGUCUUGA